AUGGCGGCCUCUGUUCCACCGCUCCGCUCCUCCUUCACGCUUUGUAGCAGACUAGCGCACCCUCACCACUGUUGCCGGGCCAAAUGGCGCGCACACAGAAGAUGCGAGGGCCUCCGGAGACAUGUACACCAGUCGGCGAGCAGGCAUGCCGCUGUGGUGAUUUCGGGGACGGCGUUAGCUCGUCAACUUCACAGAGAAAUCCAGCGUGACGUGGAGGAGUUCGUCGCUCAGGGUAACAUGAGACCUCAUCUCGGCGUGGUCUUCGUGGGGGACGACCCGGCCAGUCGCACCUACGUGAGGAACAAGACCCGGGCUGCGAGCACUUUGGGUAUCUCCAGUGACACGGUGCUGCGACCCAGCUCCGUCUCUCAGGAGGAGCUGCUGGAUCUAAUUGACAAGAUGAACCGCGACUGGCGUGUCAGCGGUCUGUUGGUGCAGCUGCCACUUCCUGAUCACAUCAACGAAAGGGCAGUGUGUAAUGCCAUUGCUCCGGAGAAAGAUGUGGAUGGCUUCCAUAUUGUGAAUAUUGGCAAGCUGUGUCUUGACCAGAGAUCCAUGGUGCCUGCCACGCCUGCAGCUGUGUGGGAGAUCAUCAAAAGAUCAGGUAUCAAGACAGUGGGAAAGAAUGUGCUGGUCGCCGGACGCUCCAAAAAUGUUGGGAUGCCCAUCGCCAUGUUGCUGCACACCGAUCGCAACCAUGAACGUCCCGGCGGCGACGCCACAGUUACCAUUGCUCACAGAUGUACGCCGAGGGAGCGGCUGAAGGAGCUAACCAGCCUGGCGGACAUUAUUGUUGCUGCUGCAGGUGUUCCCAGACUGAUCACGGCAGACAUGGUGAAAGAAAGUGCAGCGGUCAUUGACGUGGGCAUUAACCGCAUUGUGGACCCCAAAACGGGGAAACUGAGACUCAUUGGCGAUGUGGACUUUGAGGGUGUAAAAGAGAAGGCUAGUUUUAUCACACCUGUUCCAGGAGGUGUGGGUCCGAUGACGGUGGCCAUGUUGAUGAAGAACACUGUGACCGCUGCCAGGAAUGCACUGAUGCAUUAACACGGACGUAAAGCCGCCUCAUGCCACUUGAAUGAUACAAACACACACUUUUAAUGACUCCAUACCUGCUGGGACGGACAUUUACUUGACACCUUUAUACAAUGUCACAGUCUUUGUUUGCUGUUAUUUAUUUCUAAGAGUCAUAUUUUUUCUACCGAGGUCACUUGGAUUCCUGGUUGAGCAUUUCACUGGAAACGGAAAAUGGAAAUAAAACUUAAGAAUGGUUUUUGGGUCCAAUCCUGAAAGUGUGCCAAGGUUUUUGCUUCUCAGUCAGGUACACCGCCUCUGGCUGAUUACACCAUCAGGACCUGUAUGAGCAUGCAGCAGUCGUUCUAAAGUUUCAUUGAUUGGCGGAUGAAGAAUUCCCUCGCCGAGCGCGCUCUAUAUAAAGUUGAGAGGACGGUGUUAGCGGCGUGGAGAAGCGACGGUUGGCACAAAUGUUCUUGCACAGUCUCAAGAUGGGCGUCCUGUUGGCCAUUCUUCUUCUCCUGGCAGCAAGAGGGCUAUCUGCACAACAAACAACCGCAGAUCCUUUUCUGAGCGACUCAUCGCCGAACACUCUGCUUGAAAAAGGCAGCAUGGUGGACCCUGUGCUCCUGGGCGCUCACAG